ACAGGAACUCUGCUUUGGAAUAGGUGAUGUCUCUCUUUCCAUCAAAUUCAAAGAUGGAUUAUUCUAUUUAUAGGAUGUUUGGAAAGGAGCAAAACACAGAACGAUCAACGAUUCAGAACCCAAGGAAACAUCCUUAUCACUGCCAACAAAAGUGGACAUGCAAAGAUUAUCCUGAAUGUCCAAAGUGGCAUCAGACUGCUCUGAGACUGAUCAGCAUUGCACUGCUUAUUCUCAUUGCUACAGUGAUAGGACUAAUUAUUUGGGUAUGCCACCCAAACUUACGUUCCUUCAAUGAUAGCCACAAUACGGAAAUGUUUGUUAGUGAAAAUGGAACCAGGGAAUGCAAUUGUAUGAAUACUCUUCCCAGAAAACAAGCAGGUAAUGCAAAUUUCACAAGAGGCCCUAGACUAAACGUAUGCCCUAAUAACUGGGUGCAGGAGAAAGGGAAGUGCUAUAAUUUUUUUAAAACUUUUAAUUCAUGGACUGAUAGCCAACAGUUCUGCUUAAGAAUGAAAUCACACCUCUUGAUGAUCCAAGACAAGGCUGAACUGGCUUUCAUACAAAAUAGUAUACAAGAUGGAAUCUACUUUUGGAUCGGAUUGAACAUUACAUAUCCACAGAAGACAUGGACCUGGUUGGAUGGGACCCCAUUAAAUCCACAGUUAUGUGAAGUCAAGAGCAAGGAUGAAGACAAUGCUUGUGCUGUGAUAACCAAGAAAGGUGUGUUUUCUGAAACAUGCCACACUCAAAAUUACCAUAUUUGUCAAAAUGUGAUUUCUUCAGACAAGGAUCUCUAAAUUGAUCACAGGUAUGCUUCCCAUUAAAAAAUGUUCACAAAUAUUCUUUAUUUAUGAAUUUUUGUAAAAACACUUUGUUUCUACACAAAAUUUUUGGUAAUAUUGAUGAUACUGAUGUCAAUUUGUGUCACCAUAAGUACAAACAAUCAGACUCAACUGAGUACUUGGUUCUGCCUUGGUUCACUCAAACGGUAUUUCCAUAGUCAUCUCCCAUUCAUGAGAGUGACUGUUUCAGACAGAAAUUAUUCUUUUAUCCCCUCAGUGAUUCUCUCCCUGCAUCUCUUAGUCACCAUUAACAGAGGAGUUUAUGUUUUUUUAAUCAUUUUUUUUAAGAGAAGACAUUGGAUGAUAUAUUCCUGAGCUUUCUACUAUUGAAUCUACAUAUUUGUCUGCAUCUUAGUACUUUUUCCUCUUCUCCUGUCUCCAACAAAGCAGUAUUCCUCUUUCUGUCUAAAUAAAAUCUACAAGUCUAUAGGCAAAAUCACAUGCAUUUUAAUUUUUUCAAGAAAUUAAUCUCUUCUCUAAUCUCUCGUUCUUGUUUCCUUUUCUAUCAGCAACUACAAGAAAACUUUCCCUCGGCCACAUGUGGUUUCUAGUUUCUGCCCACCUCUUAUAAGUCAAACUUCCUAAGAAUGGUGAUAUUUCCUUUUCCCCUCUUCCUACCUUACAUUUCAAGUUCUAAAAUUUGGCUUCUGCUUUUCCUACUGUUUUACCAAAGUGCUGUUACCAUGCCAAACAAUGAGUUUCUUCUGGUAAAAUACAAUGAUAACUUCUUAACUUUCACUUUAACCAUCAAGUUUGCUCGUUGUUGACCUGUGUUUUCGUCUAGAAAUAUUCACUAACCUCAGGACCUAUUACACAAGACCCUCUUGGAUGUCAAUCUACUUCUUCGGCCAUUCUUUUUCAGUUCUUUCUGUCGUGUCUCUUUCCUCUUCUGUUCCUGAGUUUGUGUGGAUUCUCUAACACACACAAUUUUUGUCUUAACUCAUCCACUCCAUAAUUUUAAUUGCCAUCAAUUUAUUGAUAACUCCCAAGCCCUUCAUUUCUAGCCUAGAUCUUAUUACAGUGGAUUACCUAUUGGGCAUCUCUAUUUGAACAUCUCACGGCCCCUCAGUCUCCACUAAUUUAAUGACAGGAACAUCCCCACACCAGUCUAAGCCAGAGUCCUUGAAGUCAACCAUAACUUCUUCCCCUUUUUUUUUUUUCACCCUCAAUAUUCAAACACUAAUUUAAUCUUUUCAAUUUUACUACAUAAAUAUUUCUGAAAUGCACCCUCAUAUCUUCAUACCCACCCUAUUACCCUAGAUCAGUGGUACGCAAACUCAUUAGUCAACAGAAACAAAUAUCAACAGUACGAUCGAAAUUUCUUUUGAGAGCCAAAUUUUUAAAACUUAAACUUCUAACGCCACUUCUUCAAAAUGGA